AUGGCAGCAGCGUCAGCAGCCGGUGUGUACCGGAACACCCUCCUCCAAUCGGUCUACUUUGGCCCUGGCAGCAUCGCCUCCUCUCUCCCCGCCGCUAUCGAAGCGCUCAACCUCAAGAACAAGAAAGCCUUCAUCCUGACCGGCAAGUCGCUCGCCACCAAGACCAAGGUCAUCGAGCGCAUCCAGUCCAUCUUGUCCGACAAGGGGUACUACAGUGGUGAAACCUAUUUCGACAUCGGCGAGCAUGCGCCGGUAGCCGGCAUCCGCGAAGCCGUCGAGCGCAUCAAGCGUUCCAACGCGGACGUCAUUGUUGCCGUUGGUGGUGGCUCACCCAUCGACGCGGCUAAGGCGAUCUCCUACUACCGGCAUUCAGAGGAGCACGGUGAGGCGAGCGCUAAGAACCCGCUCACGCAUCCCGAUCUGUUUUUGCCAACUAUCGCCGUGCCUACGACGCUCAGUGUGGCGGAAACUACCCAGAAUGCAGGCUUCAAGAGCGAUGAGGGGCACAAGAUUGGCGUUUCGACGAAAAACAUCGUGCCUCGAACCAUCAUCUACGACGCCGAACUCACGCUUGACACCCCGGAGCGGCUGUGGCUGUCAACGGGAAUCCGAGCGCUCGAUCAUGCGGUGGAAUACCUCUACCGUCCCGACACGCACCCGCUUGUCCGCCCCUCUGCUCAAUCAGCGGUGAGGGAGAUCUUCACUUACCUCCCCCUCUCCAAGAAGGACCCCAAGGACGUGCAAGUGAGGCAGGCGUUGCAGUUGGCGUGCUUCAACUCGCUCUGGCCCGAAGCGCGGAUGGGCGCGCUAGGCCUGUCUCACGGUUUGGGACACAAGCUCGGUGCGACAUACGGCAUCGGUCACGGCAUCACAAGCUGCAUCACGCUUGGUGCAACGGUGCGAUUUGUGGCCAACUGGAAGGAUACCCCGCUACUGCAUCUGCAGAAUCUGGCUGAUACGCUGCCCUUCAUCCCUGCUCCGUACAAUUCGAGUCCUGCGCCACUGGGCACGCCGGUGGGCGCAAAUGGAGAUGCGACGGAUGAACAGCUCAAGGAGCUGCGCGAGAAAGCCACUCUGGUUGGAGACGCGGUGCAGAAGCUUGUGGACGACUUGGGGCUGCAUUCGACCCUGAAAAGCUGCGGGCUGGGUCCUGAGGAGCCAGAGAUCGUGGCUACUAAGGUGACGGGCGAGGACAAGAAGGGAGGCGAGUACUGGCAAGGCGUCAAGGGCAUCUUGGACAGCGUGUACCAGUGA